ACUUGAUGAUCCUGAAGAUCUUUUCCAGUCCAAACAUUUCAAUGACAAGGAAGCAAUGAUCAGGCAAAGACAAACACAUUCAAGAGGAAACAUUGAAUUUUUGUGGUUUAGGAGAGAGGUAGAACAAUACCAAGUUUCAAGUGUCACUAACUUGAAAGGUGGUUCAGGUUACAGUUCACUGAAGUGGGUGCCUGCUUGGCCAUAGAUAGAGGAAUGUUGGAUAGAUGGAUAGAUAGAGGUUACUGUGGUGGGAAACAGCAAGAAAUCACAGAAUUGCAAAAUGGAAAGGAUCACUGGAGGUCAUCUAGUUCAACCUCUCUGCUCAGGCACGGUCCCCAAUCAUCUCAUGAACUCAGUGCUUUCCAGACUGCAAAUAUAUUCAGUAACCAUCUCCAGGGUGCAGGUGACAGACACCCUGGUGCUGCUCAGCCUGCUGCUCCAUCACUGCUCGGGUGCAUAAUGCUGCAGAGCCCUGAGGCUGACUUUCUUACUCACCUUGAGCAAAAGCCCGAGCAGCUUCAAAAUGUUCAGAUUUCUCUCAAAAGCCACUCAACAGUUAUGCUAGGAAAGCUUGGUUUUUAGCUUGGAAAGAGACACUGAAAGAAUCAGAAGCAAGCAGGUUUUAGUCCUGCUUCAGUGGACUCUUAUUUUUGCACUCUUGCCGUGAAUGGAAGCAGCUUUAUAUCCCCAGUCAAGGAUGCAGCAAAGAAAAAAAUAACUUUCCAGUCAUUUUUGCAUACAGCUGCAGCAUCAGGCAUCUCAAAUUUAGUGCUGAAAUGCAGCUGGUCCCACUCCACAGGCUGCAGCCCUUGGCUCUGGAGCUGGGAACAGAGCGGCUGAGCUGUGCCAAGGGUUGACAAACUUUGAUGUGUUUCACACUGGUGGCAGUCCAGCCUCAGGAUUUGUGACCUGUACAUGUACCAGUACAUAUCACAGAGGCAAUAUUUUAAUAUAAAUGUCCUCUUCCUUUCCUUGUUUGUCUGACUUAUCUUUAUAGCGUUAUCAAUGUUUUCUGAGUCUACAGUAAUUUUUCUUAUAAAACAAAGAGGGGGAAGAAUUAGGUAAAUCAUUUAAAUUUUGAUUGAUAAGUGGAAUGUAGAAAACAAUGCUUAGUCUUUUCAUAUUGAGCAGAGAUAUCUUUUUUCACCUUUUAUCAGCACUUACCCAUCUGUGACUUGAAAAACAAAACCCACAAUUUUACUUGAGUGUGUCUGCACCCAAACUUAAUUCAAAAACUUUAUCAAAAAAUUUAUGCCUUUCAAAAUUAUGUCUGCUGAUAAUUUCCCUUGGUUUAUCUUUUUUUUCAUGUGUUACAUUUGCUAGAGGCAUGUGGAUGGGCCUAGACACUCUGUCAUUCUCUUGAGGGAUGUGAGAGAGUGACAAGGCUCAUCCCACUGAUUUUUAAAUAUUCAUUUCAGAAGAAUAUUUAAAUGGUUUUUAAAGCAUUUUUAUAAUCAUAUGUUCCUCAAAAAAAAAAGAAAAAAGAAAUCCAGAAAUAAUUAUUCAAACUCAUUGUAUCAGUUGCACAGGUCUAUUUAACUGGCUGUUAGCAAAGAAAAUAAUUUGGGAACUGAAAAAUUUCCUCAGACCUCUAUGUUUAAAGGAGUAUAACUCUGGUAUGCAGCCAUUUCAUCCAUCAGUAUGUUCACACUCAGAAAUGUUCAUUCUCUUGUUGUAAUUUAUUGUUUGAUACAGUUUUAUUUGAUUCUUUGCCAUGCCCUGGGCUCUGGUUGCAUGCUCUCUGCGGAUCAACGAGUAGAUAGGAACAAAGCAGAAAGCAGUAGUGGAAGGAGCCUGUCUCCAGCUGGCAGACAUCCACACAGCCCAGGAGGGGUUCCCAGACUUUCACCAGCUGAGAGAGCUUGGGACACUCAGGGGCUCAGGAACAGCAGCUAUCCCAGUGACUAAGAAGGAAAGCAAACCAAGAAGCAGCCUGAACUCCCAUUGCUCUGUGUGGCAGCAUCCCAAACAGUGUCAGCCGGAUGCUGAGCAGGCAGCGCACGAUUGGAUCAUUUUCCUACUUUCCUAUGAGUAACCUCUGCCCUGUGCAAUGGAGCCCUGACCUGACAUCCUCAUCAUCUGGAAACUUCACAGAGCUGGAGCACAGCACGAGCUGCAGGUGUGUCCUCGGAGCUGAUACUGCUGAGACCCACGUCUGGUCCAGGCUGCAGCACAGCAGUGAAGUGGCCGAUAUUUUGGCAGCUGAUUUUUCACGGCGCAGAUAACUUUUCAGCCUUGAAGAGACCAUCUUGUGAGCAGCACAGGAGCUCAGCCUGCAGAUUCAAGACACUUCCACCAUGACUGCAGUGGGUGUUUUCGUGCUCCUCUCCUUCGCGCUUUGCUGCGUCCCAGAUGCUGCCUUUGGGAUUGAGGUGGACUGCAGCACAUAUCCCAACACUACAAACGAGGAAGGCAAAGAAGUGUUGGUGUGCAGCGAGGCCGUCAGCCCCAUCUGUGGUUCUGAUGGAGUCACCUACGGCAACGAGUGCCUGCUCUGUGCCUACAACAAAGAAUACGGAACCAAUGUCAGCAAAGACCACGAUGGAGAAUGCAAGGAAGUUGUCCCUGUGGACUGCAGUAGGUACCCCAACACAACAAGUGAGGAAGGCAAAGUGGUGCUGCUCUGCAACAAAGACCUCAACCCCAUCUGUGGUACCGACUGGGUCACCUACGACAACGAGUGCCUGCUGUGUGCCCGUAACCUAGAGGCUGGAACCAGUGUUGGCAAGAAGAAUGACGGUGAAUGUAAGAAGGAAAUUGUCGCAGUUGACUGCAGUGACUACCCUAAACCUGUCUGCUCACUUGACUACAUGCCUCUCUGUGGCUCGGACAACACAACAUACAACAAUAAGUGUAACUUCUGCAACGCAGUCGUGGACAGCAAUGGGACUAUCACUUUAAGCCAUUUUGGAAAAUGCUGAGUAUCAGUGCUGAGAGAAUUCAUCACAGGAUCCCCACCGGCAAAUCCCAGCUAAAGAUCUCACCUCAGUUCAUCUCACCCUCUGGGGAACUCAGCUCACUUCUGAUUUUCUUUCUCAAUAAACUAAAUCAGCAACAUUUCUUUGUCUUGUUUCAUGUGUUGUCUCAUGAAACAUUUGCUUCUGAUCUGUUGAAUGAUGAUGCCAGGCAG